GGUCCAGUCGAUUUAAAUACAUUUUAAUUAACAGUGGACAGGUCCAGUCGAUUUAAAUACAUUUUAAUUGCACCUACCGAGACCCGUGGCAAUUAUAUCAGACCUGACCCAGGUCCUAGACAACAGUAAGAAUUUGGGACCCGAACCUGGAAUUUUGUGUCUCUAGAAGACAUCUAACCUAGAGUAUUCACCGAAAUACAGAUCUGGAGUCUGUUCAUAAACAAGUGUCAGCUUAGAGCAAUUUACUGUCUUCACCUAAGUACAGGUCUGGGUAUAGCUCAUAAAUAAUGUGUCAGUUACCUAGUGUCUAUUGUCAUCACCCAAAUACAGGUCUGGAAUCUGUUCAUAAACAAGUGUCAGCUCAGAGCUAUCUACUGUCGUCACCCAAAUACAGGUCUGGGAACAGCUCAUAAACAAGUUGUCAGCUACCUAGUAUAUACUGUUUUCACCCAAAUACAGGUCUGAGGUCAGAAUCUAAAUAUGUUUAGGCUGUUGCUAGUGUUAACUGGUUGAAUCCAUAAACAUGUUUUGUUCAUCUGAGAAUAGCCCCGUAGCUGCCUGCCUGUCUCAGCCUUGGGAAGUCUGCAUGUACUUAUAGGCUCAUUUAAAAAACCCUCUCACUGCUUGUUUGUGUUGUGGUGGUGACUCUCUCACUAAGAACCUUUUAAGACGGCAAGCUGCAGCAGGAGGACUAAAGCAGUGAGAGCAGGGUUCGGACUAGUCCUGACUACACUGUAAAUAAUGUUUGAUGCCGUCUAAAGUGCUGGUGGAGCUAGCCUACUGGAAGACGAUGAGGGAAGGGUGUAGAUGGGACUGUCUCAGCUCUGAGCCAUGGAAUGCCCCCUCUGUCCGCCACUAGCCUGCUCUUCUCCACAGACUGAUCUCCAGACACUCAGUUAGCGACACGUUGCUCCCCUCCAUCUGAACACAACCAGGAAGGGGAAGAAGUCACAGCAGAGCUUCGUACGCACAGAGGAAAGGAUUUACAGCUCCUCUCCAACAUAUUAACAGCUAGCUCACCUUAGUUAGUUUGGCUUAGUUUUCCCUUGUUUUCCCUGUGGAUUGGGAUUUAUUUUUAUAGAGAGUCAAGAUGGUGGAUUUACAGGAGUACCUGUGGAUGGUGAUCCUGGGCUUCGUCAUAGCCUUCAUUCUUGCCUUCUCUGUUGGGGCCAACGACGUGGCCAACUCGUUCGGGACGGCGGUGGGGUCGGGGGUGGUGACGCUGAAACAGGCCUGUAUCCUGGCGUCCAUCUUUGAGACGUUGGGUUCCAUGCUGCUUGGAGCCAAGGUGGGGGAGACCAUACGGAAAGGCAUCAUAGACGUCAACCUGUACAACGAGACGGUGCCUGUUCUCAUGGCGGGGGAGGUCAGCGCCAUGGUCGGGUCAGCGAUUUGGCAGCUCAUCGCCUCUUUCCUCAAACUACCCAUCUCCGGGACGCAUUGCAUCGUUGGAUCGACCAUCGGGUUCUCCAUGGUGGCCAUCGGCACCAAGGGCGUCCAGUGGAUGCAGCUGGUCAAGAUUGUGGCGUCCUGGUUCAUCUCUCCCUUGCUGUCGGGACUGAUGUCGGGGUUCCUCUUCUUCCUCAUCAGACACUUCAUCCUCAGUAAGGAUGACCCUGUCCCCAACGGUCUCCGUGCCCUGCCAGUGUUUUACGCCUCAACGAUAGGCAUCAACGCCUUCUCCAUCCUCUACACUGGCGCUCCAUUGCUAGGUCUGGAGAUGUUACCGGUGUGGGCUAUAGCUCUGAUCACGCUGGCGGGGGCUCUGGUCUGUGCUGCCGUGGUGUGGUUCGCUGUCUGCCCCUGGAUGAGACGGAAGAUAACAAGUCGCAUGAAGAAGGAGCACGCUGCCUUGUCACGUAUCUCAGACGAGUCCUUAGAUCAGAUCCCAGAGGAGGAGGAGGACACUCCCGUGUUCAAGGAGCUACCGGGCGCCAAGAUGACGGAUGACGCUGUGCAGCCGUUAACGGGUGGCACCGGAGGAGAGUCGCGGAGAGGAGAGGCCACCGGAGAGCUCAACAGCCUGGCCAAUGGAGGCACUGUCCUGCCCAACGGACGGGUCUACGGGCGGACCCACUCCAUGACCAACGGUACCCUGUCCAUGUCCAAGUCCCCACUGUCCAACGGCAGCUUCACCUUCGGUGGGGAACACAUCCGCAGCGACGGCCAGGUGUACCACACGGUUCACAAGGAUUCUGGUCUCUACAAAGACCUGCUCCACAAGAUCCACCUGGGACGACUGGAGGACGACCACUCCGCCCCCACGCCAGACAACAACUACCGCCUGCUGCGUCGCAACAACAGUUACACCUGCUACACGGCCGCCAUCUGUGGCAUGCCGGUCCAGCCCCUGAUCCGCUCCGAGUCUCGCGAGGCCCGAGAGGACAGUGAGAAGCUGGUGGGGGAGGGGGAGAGGUCGGGAAGCGUGUCCUACACCAAGAAGAGGGUCCGUUACGAUAGUUACUCGUCGUACUGUAACGCCGUGGCGGAGGCCGAGAUCGAGGCGGAAGAGGGCGGCGUGGAGAUGAAGCUGGCGUCUGACCUGGGGGGCGAGGAGGCAGGGGCGCCCGGGGCUCCCAUCCCACUGGAUGACUCCGCAGAAGAGGAUGAAGGGGAUAAGGACAAGCCAACCGUCUACCUGCUCUUCCACUUCCUGCAGAUCCUCACCGCAUGCUUUGGAUCCUUCGCUCACGGAGGCAACGACGUCAGUAACGCCAUCGGCCCGUUGGUGGCGCUGUGGAUGAUCUAUGACCAAGGCGGGGUGAUGCAGGACGCCGCCACCCCCAUCUGGUUGCUGUUCUACGGGGGAGUUGGCAUCUGCUGCGGCCUCUGGGUUUGGGGGCGCCGGGUGAUCCAGACCAUGGGCAAGGACCUCACCCCCAUCACACCUUCCAGUGGAUUCACUAUAGAGCUGGCUUCAGCGCUCACUGUUGUGUUUGCUUCCAAUAUCGGAAUCCCAGUCAGUACCACACACUGCAAGGUGGGCUCGGUGGUAGCGGUUGGCUGGAUCCGCUCCAAGAAGGCGGUUGAUUGGCGGUUGUUCCGUAACAUCUUCCUGGCGUGGUUCGUCACGGUGCCAGUGGCGGGGCUGUUCAGCGCCGCGGUCAUGGCCCUGUUCGUCUAUGGCAUCCUCCCUUACGUCUGAGGAAGCGAGGAGAGAGGGAGAAAAGACGAGAUGGAGGGAGAGGGGAUGGUAAAAGAAAGAGGAGAUGCAACGAAUGGGGCGGUUAAUUAAACUGUCUAGAGGGGAGAAGGAAAGAGUUAGAUUACACGCCUGGGUUCUGGUCCUGAAGAGGGUUAGAUCACACGCUGCCUGGGUUCUAGUCCUGAAGAGGGUUAAGAUCACACGCUGCCUGGGUUCUAGUCCUGAAGAGGGUUAAGAUCACACGCUGCCUGGGUUCUAGUCCUGAAGAGGGUUAAGAUCACACGCUGCCUGGGUUCUGGUCCUGAAGAGGGUUAGAUCACACGCUGCCUGGGUUCUGGUCCUGAAGAGGGUUAGAUCACACGCUGCCUGGGUUCUGGUCCUGAAGAGGGUUAGAUCACACGCUGCCUGGGUUCUGGUCCUGAAGAGGGUUA